AUGACUUCGGAUAGGCUUGCUACGAGUCUUUCGGUUUUUGACAACCCGAACAACGCCAUACCGAAUGUUCAGGAUCUGGAAGAAUCGUUGGAGGAUCUGGACGUCUCAUUUAUCCCCGACGAUUCCAUCAUUCCCGUGGAUGAAGUCGAAAUGGCGGAUGAAGCAAUUCGUCUGCCGUCGUAUUCUGCAUCAGCCAUGACGGAUGAGCCACCUUCAAUGGUCAAUAUCUCAAUGGAGGACGACGAAGAGGACUACGUCGUUCCAGCCGACGUAGAAAUGUACGAUGACGGUAUGGAUGACACCGUGAUCGUGCACGAGACCGAGGAUCCUACUCGCUCUCCACAUCAGCAGCCCGCAGACUCGUUUGAAACGGAGGAUACUGUCAUCAUCUCAAGACCCGAUGGCGAAGCUUGCGGAGCUGAGGCUGAGGGUGAUUCAGCAGAGCUCGUGACGGAACCAGUUCAUACCGUCCAUGAAAUUGCUGUCAAAAGCCACCAGAUCCCAAGCCCUCGGAGGAGGAUCGUUGUCGACUUUGACGAAUUUCUGGGUGCUCGACGCUCUCCGGAGCGUCUCCAUGCGGAGACAGAGAACCUCACAGCGGUGGAUGACGACCGCGACGCUCAAGCUGGAGCGGAAUCGACACUUUCAUUGGAUCAAGCGCCACAAGAUGCUUUGCGCCGUCAGACACUCAACUUCAACGAUUUCUUCGAUGUUGGCGCUCUUGCAGAGCCUACGGCCCAGAUAGACAUUGACCUGGAUUCGGCACAAGAGCUGCAAAUGGAGUUGGCGGGCCAGCUUUCAACCAAUGCACCCGAGCAGCAGACCGACGGCACGAGCCUAGUCGAUGAUCAGUCAGAGGGACAGCCUGCCCAUGAUCUCGAGACAACCAGCGCAAACGAUGACGCCGACAUGUUUGAUUUGUCGCGAGAUACCACGCACGCGGACCGUGUGGAAGUCAUCAACGAGCCCGAAGUCCCUCACUACGCUCGCCCAACCAUCGCAUUCCAUGCGCGCCGCAAGUCACUUCCAGUGUCUAGCCUUCGCACGCCCACCAAGGCCGGCACGCGUCCUCACACUUCAGACGGCGCUAGCAUGCCUCGAAUCGUGAACCCCUCCGCGCAUGCAUGCGCGUCCUAG